CAUGCUUGGUCUUUCAAUAUUUUAAAAUGAGAAAAAUGUAUAGACUAUAGUCAGAAAUAAUGUAGAAAUAGUGUUUGUGAAUAAUAUUUCUCCGCGAUUAGCAAGAUUUGACAAUUUUUCAAAGUUUUGACUAAUGCCGGAAAGAAGUUUAAGGAAUCAAACGUAAGGCGUGCAAGCAAGAAAAUAGUGAAACAGUUCCGAUUUGUGUCGUCACAUUCAUAAAAUAGCUAUUGCAGUCUUGCCGAAAUUUAUAUUCAUUCGCUGAUAUGGAUGACUCCAGGAGGCAGGUGGUCAUGGGUCCUCCGGCGGCAGUGACUCCCACCAUACACCCAAUUCCCGGUAACCCCAAUAUUGCCUCUCCUUCGCAAAACACAAAAAGUGCAGCUCCGCCCAAGCGGAUAAUUAAGAAGGUUCAGUUGGACUUUAACAAGCUAAAAGAAGCUGGACUCGAUAGGCAACUGGCCGAAGUUCUUAGGAAGCAAAAAUUCGCAGCCAAAAAAGUGGAAACCCCGUCAUCCAGCAAUGUUACACCCCCAGCUACCGCGCAGCCAACGUCGACUGCGGCAGAGAGCAAAUUGCAGCCGUCGCAACAACAAUUGCAUCAGCCUGCGCCUACCCUUGUGAAGCGUUUUAUGAUCUCGGAGUUUAUAGAAAAGACGGUGCCCGUGCAAAUGACCCCAAACCCGUCAGAUGUCGACCGGUCUAAGCAAGUAAAGGCGCUUUUAAAGAACAGGAUCCUUAAUAAGAACAUGGUAUUAAGCCCACAUACAUCACCACAGCAAAAGCCGACCACCUCCAAGGCGACACCCAUCAUGCCAGGACCUUCCGCUCAGGGUUCAGCUUGCCUGAAUCCAGGGAUUGCAACGACUCCUGCUGCUUUUUCUAUACCCAUUGCUAAGGCUGACGUGACUGUGCGUUCAAAGCAGCCACCAUUGCUGCUCAAUCUGGUUAAUCAGCUGCCCAGACAUAGAGCCACUUGCAGAUCAAAUAGCAAGCCGUUGGUUAAUCAGCCAGAGACAACUGAACAACAUUCUGCCCAAUAUUCAGUACAACAAGUUUCACAAAGUCCACAAAGGAUUCCAGUACAGCAGUCGCCACCUAUUUCCACCACACUUUCACCACAACAUUUGCCUCAACCAUCUCCAGAAGUUCCUAAGGUACAAGAAGCUUCUGCAAUUCCCAUAACACUCCUUACGAGUCCUUCACCACCACUGAUUGUGUUGGAGAACAAGGUGUUGGCACCCGAAGAAAAGAUCGAUUUGAGUAGAUUGCGAUUGCCAAAUUCUUCAGUUACAACUGCACUGACCCAGGUUAAACCUCUGGAAAUUCCCAUUCAAUCCAAUCUGCAAUCCAAAGUGAACAAGGGAAAGGUUAUCAUUAACGCUAAUAAGUUAAAAGUGUCGCGGGAUAAGCUAGCCGAGAUGGCCAAAGAGAUUCGCACUCAAGCAGAUCUGACAUCAAAGGACCUAAACCAAACCAUUGAAAUGCCUUUUACUAUUAAUUCCAUACUUCAACGAAAUAAGACGCCUUUAUUUCCUACUGCAGAACCUGUGGAUAAUCCAAAUCUAACAAAUGAUUUGCCAGCUUGUACUGGUUUAAGUAUUCAAUCAAAUCAAAUAGAAACUGUGCAACCAAAAGUAAGUCCGAAAACCGAUUUUCUUGAAUUUAUUCCGACAACAACUGAGCUUAAGGAUAUACCUGCAGAAGUGCCACAAACAUCGUCUGAAAAUAAUAUUGAUACUCCUGAAAGGAAACCAUAUUCUGAAGAGGUAUCUAAGGCCCCCAAAAACCAAGAAUAUAGUCCUUCAACUUCGGAAGUGGAAGAACUGAACACUGUUGCUAAUCCUCUUGAUUUCCCUGUAUAUAUUCCCUCAACUUCAGAGCAGUUGUCUGCCGCCCCGAACACAAAGUCCAGUCCUAUAAAACCGUCAACUGAAGUGAUAUCUUAUCCUGAAGAAAAUCCAGAAUUGAACACUUCAGUAUAUAUUCCACUUACAUCGGAAAAAGAAAUACCAGAAAAGGUACUUUCAAAAUCGAAUGUUGAACCAGAAAAUAUGAAUGAUAAAGUGGAAACGGCACCAAGUUUUCUGGAAGUACCUGUCUGCGUUCCUUCAACUUGUGAAACAUCUUUAUCUUUAACUCCCAAACUUGAUGUUACAUCUCCUGAGGAAAAUAUACAAACAAAUUUACCCGCUGACACAUCAUCAGUGCCUAAGAUUCAAUCUGCCGUGGAUUUUAUAGCCCAACUAACAGCUGAAAAUCCUCUAGACGAAAGCAGUUUUAUGGAUUUAUCGCCGGAAGAGCAAAGAUUGAGUGCUCUUUUUGGUGGAGGCGAUUUUUCAUUUUCUGAUGUGUCCCCCGUCAAGGAGACUUUGCAGCCCGAGGAAGAGCUGCCCAUUGGAAAGAUUGUGAAAUUGGACGAUAUGAAUAUAUUGCACGCUACUUUAGAUGUAAAUAGCGACAGUACUAACGUACUAAGAAUCAGUCCAAAUGCAAUGCUGAUGCAAGGUAGCAUGGCCAGGCUGGAUACACCAUUGAUGGAGAUAGACGACGUAUCAGACUCAGUGAUGGAGGAUUCAAAUGUAAGCAUCAACUUACCAGAACCACUCGAAAAAGUUGCAAGUGAAACGGAAAAUGUGAAAUCCCUGUUAACCGAAACUCCACCUCAAGAAGCCAAAGAGGAAAAACCUAGUCUAGAAGCCUCUACAAAUUUGACAGAAGAACCUUUAAAAUCUAAGGAGCCCGAAGUGCCUUCGAAAGAGAUCAAGCCAGUUUCUGAGCCAGAGCCUGUCAAGGAGGUUAAUCCUCCUGUUAAAAGGGUACCUAUGAGAUCCAAAAAAGCUAAGAUUAAUUUAGUGCAACGUAAUAAAAGGCCAAACAUUCAAAAGCCAAUUGAAGUCAAGAAAACAAAGUUAGAUUUUGAGGAGGAUGAAGAGCAGACGAUGAUGGGUAUCGAUCACAGCUUGGCGGAGGACCGAUACGCGGGAACCGAGGUAAUUGUCAAUGUUGAUAGGCUAAGCUCAGACAAAAUAAAUCUGAAUUUAUCUAGAGUUAAAAACAAUCCAAAGGUUCCAGUAGAUGAGAAGCAGUGUGAUGAGGAAGUCAGUGAGGCCAGAGUAGAAGACCCAGUUCAAGAAAGUAUUCCAAGAAUAGAAGAUGAAGGGGGAGUUCAAAACAUUAAGGAAGAACCCCAAAUUCCAACCAAAUCCUCUACAGAACGAGAUCUAACCCAGCUAUAUCAUCCACCAAAAAUGCCCAAAAAUCUAUCCAGUAAGCAAAGCAGUAGUCAGGAGACUCUGGAGGAUCCGCCACCAACAACUUCAAAAAAUAGUAUCUCUCUAGUAGAGAUCCUUUCACAGGAUCCACCCAAACCCCAGGGCGAGGCGCAAGUGCCGUUUCGCAAGGAGUCCAUAGAGUUAAAUAGCAAUACGCACAUCUCAACCGGUGCUAAAGGAAUACAGAACUUGAUUGUGCACUUGACUGCCGAAAUUCAGAAGCCAUCUUCAAUGCCUAAAUCAGAAGAACCACCGAAACCAAUGCCCCGCAAGAAACUUGUAAAAACGCGGCCAGUGCUUAGCAAGAGAUCCUCAAAAGUUGCUCAGAGGAAGUCACCAGAAAUGCCAAACCAUUUUGAAUUUCUUCAUCCGGUUAGUGCAAAUGUGGGAGGACGCAUUCCUACUUCCAGCACAAGUGAUGACGAUAGUUCCAUAUUUCUGGGCUUUGAUAACAAAGAAGAAAAGCGUUCCAAAACUCCGGUUAGAAGCAAGCGACUGAAACAAAUGAAGAUCAACGAAACUGACAUAAGCGAUGAUGCAACUCCCGAUUACGAUGAGACGGAGGAGGAGCAGCCCUCUGCAGAGAUAGAACCACUAGAAAAAAAUUCAGACGUUACGACUUUGAAAAAACAUACGGUUCUGGGAUCUUUCUCUGAUGAUUCAAAUAUAAGUAAUGGCGGUCCUGCCAGUCCAAUGGAUUUUGGCGAUUCUGUAACGAUGGAUGAAAACACACCUUGUGAAGGGUUUCCGAAGGUCGAAACAAUUUCAUGGGAACAACUAGUAAACGAAAAGCCUUCUGAUGGUUUGGAUAAUAAAGAGGAAAGUGAUACCAAAGUGGAAGAGGGUCAUGCUUCAGAAAGCACUAACGAAGCUGUUAAACCUGCAGAAGAUAUAUCUAGAAAAGAGGAUCCACCAAACACUGAUUCAGAUGCAGAAUGUUCUGGCAAUAAAAGUAAAAUUCAUAAUGAAGAGCCACUCGUAGAUGUUUGCAAUAAAAACGAAGAUAAAACACCUGUGAUAAACGAAAAGGAUUUAUUUGUUGAUGUUAAAACCCGAAAAGGCCGAAGAAAGUCACAGAAAUCAAAUACAAUUUCUAUAACAGAGACUCCAGAUCAACCUUCCACAAGUAAAGAUAGCAUAACGAUUAUAGGGAUCAAUGAACAAAAAGAUCGUAUAGAAGAGGUAGAUGCGUCUGAUAAUGAAAAUCCGAAAAAUAGAGAUUUAGUGCAAAGUGAAGAAAAACCCCUUGAGGACACUGUAAAAACUGCAAACACUGCGGGAAAAAGAAAAUCUCGGCCUGGUUCUAAACAUAAUUCUGAACUUGAGGCAGCUAAAGUUCCAGAACAAACUUCUUCAAAUAAGCGAAAAACAAGGAGUAACUCACCGAAACUGAAAGUACCAUUAAUUACUGAACCCGAUCAAAAAACAGAAAAUACGAACGAGGCUGAGAGCGCUCUAAAUCAAAUGAAAACAAGGAAAUCUCGGUAUAGCAAAGCUAAGUCUGUUUCAAUAACUCCUGCAGCUUCUGAAAAGGAAAGGAUAACAGAUCCUGGAAAAUCAACUGUUAGUCAAGAUUUAGAGGAAGAAAAGGCCACCGUAGAUGUUAAUACAAAAGUCAGUCAAAAAUCUUGCAGUAAAUCGCCAAACAAGGCCGAAACUCCGAAAGUUGUAGUAUCUAAAGAAACCCUUUCUAAUACAGAUGGUCAAGAAAAACUAGAAGAGGUUCAAGCUGCGGAGGAACCUAUUCAAGAUAAAAAGCAGGAAAAAUCAAAGAACAAACGGAAAUCUCGGAGUAGUACAUUGAAUGUUAAACAUAAAGAACUUACUGAACCGGCUCCAGAACCUAACUUAAACCCAGAAAAAUCGAUUUCAGAUGUUUCACAAGAAACAGUUCCGGAUUCAGAGGAUUCGAACGUUCCGACAUCAACUAGAAAAUCAAGGGGAAAACGGCAAUCUCGAUAUGAACCUAAAUCAAACUCAGUUGCUACUGUGGAUACUCAGGCCGUAACGGAUUUGAUACCACCAGAAGAACCUCAACAAGUGGAUACGCCAAUAGACAGUUCCGCCUCUUCAGUUAUUACCACCGAAAAGGAGACGAUUCUUGUUUCUGCACCAAAAAGAGGCAGAAGAAGUAAGGUUAAUAGCGCUCCAGUUGAAACAGAAACUUCAACACCAACUAGUGAAUCAAUUCCAACAGAAUCUGAAGAACCGAAGGUCCCAGCGAAAAGGGGAAGAAAGCGGGCAGCUCCUCCUGAUACAGAAUCAGAGUCAGCUAAAAAAGCUAAGACUGAGGAGAGUUUGGAACCCGUAACCAUAGCUGAAUUUAAUUUAAGACUGUUGCUUAUAAGAAAACGAGAUGAGUUAGAAACGGAUGAAGAUGUGACGGAUGAUGGCAAGGGUGAGGGUCCUCUUCAAUGUGGCUUGUGUUUGGCUCGCAGUGACAAGAAAAAUUGGCAACGACAUUUAGGAGAGCAUUAUGGAGUGGGUUGGCUUGUGGGUGAAACACCCAAGAAAAUUACACGUUCCUGGGUAAUAACAAUGAUAAAAACAUAUCUCCAAAAUAACUCUGGAAAGUUAGCAUGUCGUCUUUGUAAUCACCAAUUGGGAUCUGCAUUGGGCAUGAUGCUCCAUCUGGAGGGUUGUGGCAAUAAACAGCGACUUCUCUGCGAUUUUUGUCAGCGAUCCUACACCAAACUGUCUCUACCGGUACAUAUUCGAACCUGUCCAAAGCGUCAGAUGUACCAGAUGGAGGAAACUGUGGAAGAAGAUGCCAAUGAAACGGUACUCAGCAAUGCUGGUCGUGCCAAACGGAAGUCUACCAUUAAGGCUGAAACCAAAUUAAGGAAAAUUGGAGAAGAACUUACAUUGCAAAAGGGUGGGGAGAAAACUUCGACCAAAAACGAUUUCGAUGGCGAUUCAUCAGACUACGAUAUGGCCAAGGACAAGGAGUCGUCUGAAGAGUAUGAAUCGGAAGGAGCUGAUUCCAAUGAGGAGUCUUUCAGCUCCGAGGAUGAGGCCAGCCUAACUGAAGGUUCUUCCCCAACCAAGAAAUCAAAAACAAAUAAGCGUGGAGACGUUGGCAGAAAAAGGAAACUUAAACAGCCACAAAACAUGUCAGAACGUCAGCCUUUACUUUCCCGAUAUCACCACUUGGAGGCUAGGGCAACCCAUAGGUGGAACGAGUUCGUGCAACUCAAUUAUGGAACUGGAUCCUUGUUUACCCAACUGCUGCCUAGUUUUACGAAGAUUUCUUCAAAGGAAGCUACUAGCUUACUGCCAUCUAAGGAUGCCGCAUCCGUGCGCUAUGCUUAUGGUAAGGUACAAUCGGAUAACGACUGGAAACAAAUGGCACCAAUGGAGGGCUUUAAAAAAGAAGGUGAAUAUGUGAGCUAUCUGGGCAGCUCUAUUAACAAACUUGCCUGGCUUCCUCUACCACCGAAAGUGGCCGAUCAGUAUCUACUGUGUUCCCUUCGUUCGAGAAUGAAAUCCUUUGCAAGACAUACAAAACUCAAAGAUGAAGAUGCCCUUUUGAUGUUACUUAAAUGUACGGUGCCCGAAAGCCAAAAUAUUACCAAGACUUGGGCACCACGACCGGAGUUUCAUUAUGGCAUUCGUGUGCCACAUGGACCAAUUCACAAUUUCUGCUUUUUGCCAAGCAGUGGUUAUGAUAAGUCCACCAAUCGUUUGGGCCUAUUGGCUGUUGCAAAUUCCUUGAGUGAUGUUCAUAUUUAUGCACUGCCUUUGGAGCUGACGAAGGAAGAGGGAAGUGCAGAUGUGGUUAUAGAACUAGAAUCUUUGAUAACUUUAUGUUUGGAUAUCAAUAAUCCAGUAGAGGAGCAGUGCACUCAAAUUUGUUGGUCACAGUCUUCGGGACAUAAUUUUCUGGCGACAGGCUAUAGCAAUGGCUAUAUUGCCUUUUGGGACAUUGACGAUAAGGACAACUUUAAUAGUUUCCGCCGAAAUAAUCAGACCUACUUUGUGCCGCUGCAUUACUUUUACAUAGGCGAGCGGAAUGUUCAAUAUAUGGAUCUCCAUUAUGAUAAUAAUGGUCCUCGCUGGCUGGCAGUUGGCACCUCCAUUAGACAAUUUAAAGUCUAUGAUAUUAAAGACUGGUCUAGCCCUCGUAUCCUCACACAAGACACCAUCUGCAAUCUAUAUAUGGCAAACUUAACCUGGUCACCUAUUUGUGAGGCUCUUGUCGUCAGCAGUUCACAUUUCUCUCGCACAAUAGCAGUUAGCCCAUCGGGUAUACAAUUCGAGCACAGAACUUUGGAUGGAACCCUGACGACGACACGAGAUAUGCACACGAAUUGCCAGCAAAAUCACAUGGUAUUUGUGACGGACAACGGUGACCUGAUAUUCCUAGAUGUGAGAGAUCUCAACUGUGGCCCCGUCUUGCUAAAGUCAACGGUUAAUACACGGGCAGUAUCCACCACCGAGUUGCAUCAUCUGGGCAAGACAACUCCCAAGAUUACGGAACUCAUCAGUGAGGAUGAGUUUAUCCAGGACUAUGGCGUGCAAAUCAAGCCAGUGGCCCCGGAACCCCAUAGAAGCAAAUCUACAUACUUGGACGCCAAGCGUCGGCCAAAGAACUUGCACUCUCUUGCCCUAACAAGAUUCAAUUGCGUUCGUUGUAAUUGGAAUUCGCCUGCCCACACCUGGGUGGCCAUGGGCGCAGAACAUGGCCUGCUGCGAAUCCUUAACUUCGAUCGAGAUAAAUUCUUCUAAAGGAUAUCCCAGAGAACUGCUCUGGCAACUGAAUAUCUUCUGAACAAGCAUCAUCUGAGAUUAUAACUUAUUGUUUUACCAUAUAAGCUAAAUAGAUUUCUAACUCUUCAUAGGACCGUUAAAAUUACGUUGCGAAAGUCGAUUAGUUGUAAAUAAUUUAUAGCUGUUGUGGAAAUAUAAUGUAUUUUAUAUGGAGUUAUUGUAGUUUAUAACGAAAUUUACUUUGCUAACAAAGAUUAUAAAUUAGAAAAUCGAAAACCAAUAUUUCAAUCCUUAAAAGGAUUGCAAUAAAUAAAACACAAUCAGUUACAACAUAUUAAAUAUAUUGAUAUAUUUUUUA